AUGGCGCCUCCAACUCUGACUAUAGAUCCUCCGCUUCUCAACUCAGCAACUCCCUGGGCGACCGAUCUGCAAGAUCUCUUGGCGAUCGCUUCAUCUCCCUCCACAGGCGCUAUCACAACCCGCACAUCGCUUAUCAACGGCUUCGAUCACCAGCAUGAGCAACAUCAAUACUUGUUCUUCAACCCUGCCUCCACGACUCCAAACGAAGGCACUUCCUCUGUACAAGAACCACCAAAAGCCCACACAGCAGAUGCUACGGCUAGUCUGAACAAUCUAGGCUACAGCCCCAUCCCGCUCGAUGGAUACCUUGGCUUCUUAUCAGAGAUCGCGCGUAUGCUACCACACCUGCGGAAGACCUUCAUAGUCAGUGUGACAGGUUCACCACAGGAUAUUCAAGAGAGCUAUGCGCGUAUCGAGGCUGCGUCAAAGAGUCUCCCUUUCCCACUUGCCAUGGAGGUCAAUCUCAGUUGUCCCAAUAUUCCGGGUGCUCCACCGCCUGCGUAUGAUGGCGCUGCAUUGGAGAAGUAUCUUGUUCUGCUACCGAAAUAUCCUUCCUUUCCUGUGGGUAUCAAGACACCUCCUUACACCCACCACGGGCAGUUUGCGACGUUGAUUCAAUCGUUGCAAAUGGCGCCAUCGUCCCUCAGUUUUAUCACUGCGACCAACACCCUAGGCUCGUGUCUGAUUCUGCAAGGCGAUGAUAGCAAUCCGCUAGUCCCUCAAUUACCAGGUACCAGCAUCGGCGGGAUGGCUGGUCCACCUCUGCAUCCUCUUGCACUAGGAAAUGUGGCCACGUUGCGAAAGAUGCUGGAUCAAGUGCCUGAGCUAGGUCACAUACAGAUCAUCGGGGUCGGCGGAGUUCGAGAUGGGGAAGGAUACCGUAGGAUGAGAACGGUUGGAGCUUAUGCUGUUGCAGUGGGGACAGGCCUGGGCAAACAAGGACCAGGUGUGUUUGAGAGGAUUGAGGCUGACCUGCAGGGCAAGUGGAGUGUCCGUCUGUCGAAAGAGAAGCUGUGA